AUGGAACAAAGGAAAAAUGUAACUGAGUUUGUCCUCUUGGGGCUCACUCAGAGUGUCGAGGGGCAGGAAAUUUUAUUUGUCAUGUUCUUGCUCAUUUACAUUGUGACCAUGGUGGGCAACCUACUCAUUGUCUUGACUGUGGUACUCAGCCCAACAUUAGAUGCCCCUAUGUACUUCUUUCUUGGCUACUUAUCACUUAUGGAUGCCUUUUAUUCUACUUCAAUCACCCCAAAGACAAUUAUAGACUUACUCUAUGAGAAGAAAACCAUUUCAUUUCAAGCUUGCAUGACCCAGCUUUUUACAGAGCAUCUAUUUAGUGGUGCUGAGGUUUUCCUCCUGGUUUUCAUGGCCUAUGACCGCUACCUGGCCAUCUGCAAACCCUUGCAUUAUUUGACAAUCAUGAAUCACAGAGUGUGUGUUCUGAUGCUGCUAUUGGCUUGGGUUGGUGGGUUUUUACAUGCUCUACUUCAUAUUAUUUUUUUUUACAACCUUCCGUUCUGUGGCCCUAAUGUCAUUGACCACUUUGGGUGUGAUACGUAUCCUUUGUUAAAACUUGCCUGCACUGACACCCACAUUACUGCCCUCACAGUAGUUGCCAAUGAUGGGGCGAUCUGUGUGACCAUUUUUACACUCUUACUCAUCUCCUAUGGGGUCAUUCUGCGCUCCUUGAAGAAUCUUAAUCAGGAAGGGAAGCGUAAAGCCUUAUCCACCUGUGGCUCCCACAUUACAGUGGUGGUCCUCUUCUUCGUGCCCUGUAUUUUUACGUAUUUGAGACCUCCUGUUACCUUACCCAUUGAUAAACACUUCGCUGUGUUUUACACCAUUGUCACCCCUAUGCUGAACCCUCUAAUCUAUACUCUGAGAAAUGGAGAGAUGCAAAAUGCCAUGAAAAAGCUAUGGAUCAGAAAAAAGCAAUGA